CAAGGAAGAUGGGAAAAAGCAACAUUAAAUAUUUUUUUUCUUGGGAGGAUUUAAAAGCACAUGCAUCCGGUUUCAGGAUCUGUGACGUAACCGAAGAGGGGUGGAAUUUCGGGAGUGUUCGUGGAUUUGACACUACCCAAGCACUGUGGGCGGCCGCUCACUCACCUGGCGAACUCGCGACAACAAUGACCCUACCGUGGAAGGUUUGCUAACGAUACUGUCGAAACAAAACAAAAAACUAUGUACACGACCGAGCGGAGGCGUAUGAGCUUCAGGCGGGAGGCCGUCUCGCUGCAGUCGUCGGCGGGCAGUUUGUGGCAGGACCCGCUGGCUAUGGAAUUGAGUGCCCGGAGUACCAAGAAUGGCGCCGUCUCGCCCCGGAGUCGCGGCGGCCGCGCAGUGUCUGUGGCUUACGUCGCCAACGUUGGCGACGACGAGGCGGCUGGGACGGUCGGCUGUCUGUCCCUGGCUUGCGUGAAGGAGGCGUGUGCCGACUCGCGAGCCUCGUUUGAAAGCAUCCCGUUCGAAAGGAUCUCCAUGGCGACCACGGAGGUCCUGGAUAGCUUCUACAACGCAGAUGUCGCUGUGGUGGAAAUGAGUGACUCCUUUUGCCAGGCAUCCCUCUUCUAUCACCUGGGAGUGAGGGAAAGUUUCAGCAUGACCAACAACAUCGUCCUGUAUUGUUAUAAGGAGGAUACAGAUUUCCAAGCUGUCAAGGAGCAGUGCGGAAGCUACACGUUUCUCCCGUACAUGGUGACGCCACAGGGCAAGGUAUUUGCCUGCGACGGCGCCAUGAUGACUGGUAUCAAAGAGCUGAUGCAGCCCGCUUUCCAGCUGGACUCUUUGCUUACACCAUUGGUUGAGAGGCUGGCACACUUACUCAACAAUGUUGACGUGCAGUCCAGUGAGUACUUCCGGGAGUCCAUCAGGCGCGAAAUCCGCAUGGCGAGGGAGCGGUUCAGUGGUCUGGCUCUGAGCGAGGAGCUGAGUUGCAUCCAGAAACGUUUGGACAGUGUGGAGCUGCUCACCCCUGACAUCGUCAUGAACCUGCUUCUGUCCUACAGGGACAUUCAGGACUACGAUGCUAUGAUCAAACUGGUGGAAAUGCUGAAUAACCUACCAAUGUGUUUAGUGGCAAGACACCAAAAUAUCAAAUUUCAUUACAUAUUUGCUCUCAACAGGAGGAAUCAACCAGGUGACCGCGCCAAGGCUUUGGAGGAGGUCCUGCCCAUUGUGGAAUCAGGAGGCAACGUCGUUUCAGAUGUCUACUGCCUCUGUGGUCGCAUCUACAAAGACAUAUUCAUUAGUUCAGGCUUCACCGACCAGCACAGCAGAGAUCAAGCCUGCUACUGGUAUGGAAAAGCAUUUGAAACGGAACACACUCUGCACUCAGGCAUCAACAAUGUGGUCCUUCUGAUGGCAGCUGGACAUGAGUUUGAUACGUCCAUCGAGCUGCGCAAAAAAGGUGUGACCUUAAGCAAUCUGUUGGGCCGGAAGGGCAGCCUGGAGAAGAUGAAAGACUACUGGGAUGUGGGAUUCUAUCUCGGCGCUAACAUAUUAGCUAACGCCCACAGAAAGGUUAUCGAGGCUUCUGAGAAACUCUACAAGCUCAAGGCUCCCCUCUGGUAUGUGGCUUCCGUGAUGGAGACCUACAUUUUGUACCGACAGUUUGCCAAGCCCCCUGAGGUGAGGUCUCCCAAGCAGGACACAGUGGACUUCUGGAUGGAGCUGCUGUUACAGUACUGUCAACCCAAAACCUCCACUGACUGUUGCCCAGUGCUCAUUCUGGAGCCCAGUAAAAUCCUUCAACCUGCCAUAGUGUCUGUGAGCGAGGGAGAUGAAAGUCACACUGUCCAGUUGAAACACGUCACUCCCCUCAAGAAAGGUUUACAUCAAUGGACUUUCCCAGCUGCUGCAAUCCGGGGAGUGAGCACUUCGAAGAUUGAUGAGCGGAGCUGCUUCCUGUAUGUGCACUACAACUCUGAUGACUUCCAGCUAUGCUUCCCCUCAGAGCUGCACUGUAAAAGUUUCUGUGAUCUGGUAAAUUCUCGGCUCCAUAAGGCUGAGGACGCCGCCGAGGAUCUGAAUCAUCUCAGUGAGGGAAUACUCGAGUAUGUCUACGAAACGAAUGAAAAUGGCGACAAGGUGGUCCUUGGGAAAGGCACAUAUGGUAUGGUGUACGCUGGUCGGGACAUGAGCAAUCAAGUGCGCAUCGCUAUCAAGGAGAUCCCAGAGAAGGACAGCACUUAUUCCCAGCCUCUCCAUGAGGAGAUCUGCCUACACAAGCGGCUGAAACACAGAAACAUUGUCCAGUACCUUGGCUCUAUUAGUGAGGACGGUUUCAUCAAGAUUUUCAUGGAAGAAGUACCAGGAGGCAGCCUUUCAUCUCUGCUCCGUUCCAAGUGGGGUCCACUCAAAGACAACGAGACCACCAUCAUCUUCUACACCAAGCAGAUCCUCGAGGGUCUAAGAUACCUUCACGACAAUCAGAUUGUCCACAGAGACAUCAAGGGUGACAAUGUCCUGAUAAACACAUACAGCGGUGUUUUAAAGAUCUCUGACUUUGGAACCUCCAAGAGGCUCGCGGGUAUCAACCCUUGCACUGAAACCUUUGCUGGAACGCUACAGUAUAUGGCACCAGAGAUUAUAGACCAGGGGCCUCGGGGCUACGGGAAGCCAGCUGAUAUAUGGUCCCUUGGGUGCACCGUCAUCGAAAUGGCAACGGGAAAAACGCCCUUCCAUGAGCUAGGCAGUCCUCAGGCAGCAAUGUACAAGGUUGGGAUGUUUAAGAUCCACCCCAAAGUUCCAGAGUGCAUGUCAGUUGAGGCCAAGAGCUUCAUCAUGAAUUGUUUCGAGCCCAACCCGGAUGAUCGGGCUACGGCAACUGAACUGCUCAGGGACACUUUCCUAACAUCAUCCCCUCGGAAGAAGCCAAGGGCCCCACAGGAGUAUGAACCCGAAGACCCGACUGCUGGUGACUACCAGCGGAGCCUCUCAGUGCCAGUCUUGUCAAUCUUUGUGGAGGACACUGACUCCUACUCGGAUUCAAUUGACCUAUCCUGCUCAUUGGACUUAAGGAGGACCCAAACCAUCUUUACAGCGAACCCCAUCUCGGAGAGUCCGCCCGGCAAUGGUCACUUCCUGCCAGUGCCGGAGGACUCGGUGCUGGACAUGUGUAGCCCAGCAUCUACAGAUGAGAACAUGGGCAUGUUCUUGCUGAGGAAGGACAGUGAGAGGAGGGCCACGCUACACCGGGUGCUCACUGAGUACAUCGCCAAUGUUGUGGUCAACAUACAGGAAGCCUUACCACAGUUUGAAAGGUCAUCGCUGACUUCGGAGCACAUCACUGAGCUGGUUUGCUGCCUGCGGGCCAACAUCUGUUCACCAGACAAGAAGCGGCUGGCUAGCAGCCUGCGCCACCUUCGAUCCGCGCUACUUUCUGCCGCCAUACCUCUGAACGGCCUGCAGGCGGUCCUGUUUAGCUUCCAGGACGCAGUGAAGAAGGUGUUGAGGCAGCAGCAGGUGAAGCCGCAUUGGAUGUUUGCCCUCGACAACCUGCUGAGACAGGCAGUGCAGGAAGCCAUCACUGUGCUACUUCCAGAAUUGAAGCUCCAGUUGCAGUCGUCGUUCGAGACAGAGGACGCCAGUCCUGAAGAAUCAACGCCUGAAGUGAACGACGUCCAGCAGGAGGAGAAGAAGCUAGCAGCAGAAUACCAACGGUCCAAAUCGGGCGACAAGUUUUUUGUGCCGGCCAGCCCGACGGACGCCAUACUAGACAACAACUGCCCGCUUAGUGAAGAACUCAGGGACCUCAGACUAGAGACCAGAAGGCUGCUGAGGCUGCUGAGUGACAAGGAAAGGGAGUACCAAGAUCUAUUGAACGUGUCAGUGCAGAAGAAACAGGAAGACAUCAACGCUCUCAGGAGACACGUUCCAGAUGACGGCUGGACUGUGCAGAAGACCUACGACCCGGAUGUGAAGGACAUGGUCAGCUGGCUGGAGAGCAUCCCAGUUGAUCGGCAGACUGUUGAGAAGUUGGUUGCCCAUCAAUUCACGUUGGACUGUCUCCUGCACAUGGCCUGCAGGGACGACUUGAUGUACUGCGGAAUAAGAGGAGGCAUGCUGUGUCGCAUGUGGGCCGCCAUUAUUGCUUACAGGAAAUCUGAGCGUGGCAGUAUGUUGGACCAGGACAGCCAUGAAGUUCCACUUUGACACCUCACCGGCCCUUUAGUACACAGGCGGGACCUGUUUCAAGUGCUACCACGGUCAUUUACUUAUAUAUAUUUCAAUGUACAUACGAAAUAUGUCUCAGGGAUUUUUUUUAAUAGUCACUAUUCGCUUCACUAUUGACUGUUUUACAAAUUCUUACUGCAUUUCGUGGUAACAAAUAAACUUUUAGCAUGCUGGUGCUGUGUCACACAAUGAUAGAAAACUUAAAAAAAAAACAUAUUAUUCAGCGUGCAUCCUAUGUCGGGACUUUAGGUGGAAAUCCCCUGAAACUUAGCAAUUUUUGGUCUUCACAAGUGCAUCAGCGUCAUUUAAGUGUUGCCAGUGCACCCUCCUGUGGAAAAAAAUUAGACACAAGUCAGUUUUAUUGAAAAAUAGCAGCAAAUGAACACAUUUGUCAGUUCAUUGUUUGUCAGUUGUUGGACCCCCUGAUAGGGCGUUUCUAGCCGAGGCUGUAUAUUUGACACACCUGAUUUAAAGACCAAAUCCCUUGUACAGGGCAAUCUUGCUAGCAUGCAUCCUAGAGACGCUCUAUCUUUUCUUGAUGCGUUCUUAUUCAGGUCCAUUCUAGGUUAUAGGACUGAGUAGAAAAGCUGCAACAAUGAAAAAAGACCUGUUAUAAAAAGACAUUAUAUAUUGUCGGAUAUUUUGUUGUGCAUUCUAAGUAGUAUGCAUUUAUUCUGAUUCUGAUUCAAAUCUUAGUUGGGUACAAAAAAACUAUUUUUAAAAAAAUGUCUUGAACCUCAUUUUUAAAAAUUAUGUAAUUUAGGAUUAGGUUAAGGUUAUAAACUCUGUUUAGAGUGACUUGCAUUGUAAGACAUUUUUUGAAUGUCAUGAUAUAGAAUAAGAGAAGGUAACAUGCAUUCUUAGAAAGGUGAAUCCAAGAUACGUUGCAUGCCAAAUGGGGUGUAACCUAGGUAGGGGGCAUCAUUUUGACAUAAAAAAAAAUUGCAAGACAUCAUCUAAUUUGUUCCAGCCCAAAAACUAAAUUACACUUACUGUGCUUAUCAGUGUGUGGUUAAAAAUAAAUAUCGUGCAAUACAGAAAAAAGUGAAAACACACUACUUUAAAGAAAUGAUACACUAAAAAAAUAUGAUUGGUUCCGUUCGCCAAUUUGAUGCGCAUUUCUUUUGAGCAUUUUUUCUUAAUUGCCUCACUCACACUAUCACCAAUGAGCACUUUCUCAGUUUUGUUAGUCUAAUAAAGAGCACAACCCCACCCAACCAAACAAACAAUACACUGCCUACCUUAGUUGUAUUGUCUGAUGCGCAGUUAAUGAUGGUUCCACAAUGCUCAGCUCUUUCUGGCUAUCUAUGAAAAGUACUUCCUAACACUGCUGUAUUUUUAGCGGGUUCCCUUUCUAUCUUGAGUGUAUGCUGACUCUUUAGCCCAUUAAUCACUUUUUUAGAAAAAGUUCCAUGUGACUAAAGCGCACCUCUUUCAGUCUUCAUUCAUAAUGGGGCGGCUGCUGGUUUCAUCUGAUUGUCUGAAAAUACAUCGAGGCAGAACUUCUGCGUACGCCGAGAGCUAUUUUGUCAUGAUUAUGUCAACAUUAACUGUUCUUUUUAUAAUUAAUGAGAUUGUACAAAUAAAUAAAUAACAAUACUGUAAAUAAUAUUUUUUGACAAAAAUAAAAUGAUUUCUGACUUUUUUUUAUGAUGUCAACCAGAAUCUCUAUUAGAUUUGCAAUUGAAUGAUCUCCGUCUGCAAAAUAUUGCCACCAAGGAACAGUCAAGUGGUUUUGAUUUUACAUGCAAGCGUUAUGUCCAGAGUCAAUGAUGGUCUCGCUCUAGAGUUGAGUAGAAGCACAAUCUAGAUCCUUCCGUUUGUCCAUACCAAGACCACUCGCAAACUGAAAAUAACACAUAGCUGGAGUUAAGUUUCCAAGGAAAAUCCAUCCAUCGAUCCAUCCAUUUUCUUUGCUGCUUAUCCUCACAAGCGUCGCGGGGAGUGCUGGAGCCUAUCCCAAAUGUCAACGGGGAGGAGGCAGGGUACAUCCUGAACUGUUUGAAAGCCAGUCGCAGAGCACAUCGAGAUAAAACAACCGCACUCACAGUCACACCUAGGGGCAAUUUAGAGUGUCCAAUUAAUGUUGCAUGUUUUUGGUAGGAAACCGGAGUGCAAUAUGCAAUUGAAAUAAAAGUCAAGCAGGUUGUGUCUUUUAGUGUUUAAAAAAAACAAACCCUCUAAGAAUAGGCAGUCUGAUCAAGGAUGCACCCUACCCAGGAUACACAGUACAAACCAACACACCCACCCGCUAACUAUUUCAAUCCCGGUACUUUUUUCUCUAUUGCAGUUUUUCAAGAUGAUUCUUGUGACUUAAUUUUAAUCACAUGGAGAGAUUGUUUCUCAGGACAUUCCAAUUUAUUUCUCAAGCAAUAUUAUAUUGUUGUUGUUUUUGCUUUUGUUGCCUA